AUUUUGUCCAUCCAUGUUGCGGUAGGGCUCGGGUGGCUUUUGGCAGAAAGAUUUAUCAUAACAGUGGCCUGAAAUGCUCUGAAGUUUUUCUCGGUGUCCAGGUAGCCAAAGAUGAGGGGAGAUGAGUUCUGAGAUCUUUUUAGGUGACAAGUGCAUGGCUUGAUGCAGUGUAGUUAGCCAGUUUGGGCCCAGUGUCUUCAGCAUGCAGAUUCUUCUGUCAGGCAAAUCUACCAUCUGUGUUGUUCUCCUGAGUCCCCAAGUCAGAAUAUAGCUUGAUCUUUUCUGUAUUGUACUCAGAUACAUCUUCAUAGAGGCAGAGUGGAGGCUCAGGGACAGCAGACAGUUCCAGGGCAGGCUGGGUUUUGGGUUCCCUGAGAGCAGCCUCUUUGGCAACUUGAUCUACAUGUUUGUUUGUUACCUUGUGUUUGGGGUUUUGUCUUUUUGGUUUCCUGGCCAGUGAAUAAUGGCCAGUUCAUGGUAGCCAGAUGGCCUCUAGCAACUGGAUAAUUUCAUAUUUAUUCUUAAUAGUCUUUCCCUCUAAGGUGAGUAAGCUCCUCUGUUUAGAUAUCUGUCCAUGAACAUGAGCCAUGGCAAAUGCAUAUUGGCUGUCUGUGUAGAUAUUCACAUUUUUUUCCUUCAGCCAUCUUAAAUCCUGUGUCAGAGCAAUUUUUUUUUUUUCUGCACUCUGGGCAGAUGUGCCCCUGGGCAAAGCUUGUUCCCAGAUGACCUCCUUCUGGCUGGUGACGACCAUUACCUCUGCAUACCUGGUCCUUCUCGAAUGAGGCUGUUACCAUCCGUAUAGAGAUCUGCGUCUCUGGUAGUGAGAUGGACACUCUCAGGUCAGGUCAGGUCUUAUACCUUGGAUGAUGUUCAGAAUCUCUAGGUAGUCAUGGAUGGGCUUUUCAGGCCCUCAUCUGGCAACAGGGUGGCAGGAUUGAUGGACAAGGAUUUAUCAAAAGUCACUUUGUCAUUAUCUAAAAGAUGGGCUUGGUAGUGGAUCAGAUGGGCAUUAGACACCCUAUUGGUAGUAUCUCUCAGCAGGGCUUCCACAGCAUGUGGAGCUGUUACAGUUAGAAUCUGUUCUAAUGUGAGACUGGGACAACAGUCUUUUCCCUUCUCUUAGCUCAUAUUCCAAGUAAGUAACCUGGGUUGAGCAAAUUUGUUUUUUGUUUGUUUGUUUUAAUAACUAUAGCCUAAAUGGGCUAGAGUUUCCAAAAGGCCUGUGGUGGCUCUCAAACAGUCCUCUUCAUCUUUAGCAGCCAAUAAUAAAUCAUCUACAUAUUCAAGCAAGCUUACCUCAGGGAAGAGACUUAAAUCCUGGUUGAGUGCUUCAUUGAAGAUGGAAGUUUUUGAACCUUUGAGGCUGUCUGGUCCAGGGCUGGGCUUCAACAUCGUCGGUGGGACAGAUCAACAGUAUGUCUCCAACGACAGUGGCAUCUACGUCAGCCGCAUCAAAGAGGAUGGGGCUGCAGCCCGGGAUGGGCGGCUCCAGGAGGGUGAUAAGAUCCUCUCGGUAAAUGGCCAAGACCUAAAGAACCUGCUACACCAGGAUGCUGUAGACCUCUUUCGUAAUGCAGGAUAUGCUGUGUCCCUGAGAGUACAACAUAGGUUACCGGUGCAGAAUGGACCUAUAGUACAUCGAGGUGAAGGAGAACCAAGUGGUAUUCCUGUAGCUAUGGUGCUGCUACCAGUGUUUGCCCUCACCAUGGUCGCAGUUUGGGCCUUCGUGAGAUACCGAAAACAGCUUUGAAAUGCUUGCUGUCUUCCAGUGUGUCCAGUGAACUAUUUCUCUCACUCACCUUCCUGCCAUUCUCCCAUGUCCUUUCUUCUCUACAUAGCCAACACUUGAUUUAAAGUGACUGAUUACACUCAAAACUUUACUGUUCAAACUCGCCAAAUCUUCUAAUUCUAAUGGGAGAAUAAAGGUAUUAUUUGGAGAAUAAGCUGGGGCGGGGAGAGGGAAGCCUUGCUGAGAACAAAUGAGAAGUUACAUAUUUUACUAGAACUGCCAAUAAAAAUUCAGCUAUCACCCAAAGAGGAAAGCUCAGUCUUCCUGUAACCACAGAUGACACCUUUUUCUUAGCUGGUAUGCUUUGAAGGCUAGCUGUGCUACAUGAAAGGAGGAGCUAAUUUUUCUUUUUCUUUUAAUGCUUUUCCUUGUGAAGUGUUUGUGGCCUUUAAUUUGUAACUAUACCUAGAUGCCUAUAUUGGACACAGGCAAAUGGAGGAUUUUUUUUUUUACUUCAAAAAGAAAAUACAUACAGUAAUCCACAUGCAUAUAUGAUAGCAUAACAUUGAUGCCUUAUAAGAGUUGAGAAAACCAUACUGGUUCCUGGGUUUCUAAUGGACAAUUUUUUGAGGGGAGUAGGGGGUCAUCAUAUUCCUUCAUAUGUAAUCAAGACUCAUAUUAAGCAAUGAGUUCUGGAUUGUAAAGAGACCUUACUUUUACACUUGUCUGUAAGUCCUUGUCCACCAAUUAAAAAAGCUUACUCAGUGCUAAGGGAUGAUUGUAACUGAAGAACUUCAAGAGCUUUUUUUUGCAGAGCAUGGAUAAUGGGGAUGGGAAAAUUUCAAAGAGAAUACUCAGUGUUAUUAGGAAAAUAGUAACUGAAGCAAUUAGUUGAAAACUGUAGAAGAACAAGUGUCACACAGUAGCUAUAGUGAACUGGUGAAUUGUAAUAAAACAGCUCUCCUCAAGUCAAUCUGUUCAAAAGACUUUGCGGUAUAAAGAUAAGUCCUACCAACCUCUGAAGUACCCUAGUUGGUAUUUUACAGUGCUGUUAACUGGGCAGCAGUGGGGCCAAAUGAACCAGAAGGGCCAAAAGUUUUCUUGAUAGACAACUGAAAAAAAAGUCAUGCCUCAAGAUGCCACUUGCACCCUCAAGGCUACUUAACAGUUUUCAGCUUCUAGUAUCAGGCAACACCUUAGGGAAGGAGCUGCCUUCCUGGUAGGGUAGACUUAAAAUCACCCUGCUUCUGAUGGAAUUAGGAUAAGAAGGCCUGAUGAUGAAUUGAUUUGGUUUUGUUUACCGCCUCCCCCACCCCCCACCCCAGCUCUAAACACUAGUUUCGAUUUUAAUAAGUUAAUGGACCAUUUUUCAGAGAAGAGGAAGGAAUAUGUUUUGUUUGUUUGGUAGAGGGGACGGGAAGUUUGGGGAGUGCUUCCGAGGACAGCCCGAGAGCAGAAUGUGGGUGAACAGAUGGCAGAGAAUAGCAGGGAUAGUGGGAGCCAUCCUGCCCAUGUAGUGUCUGAGUUGCUUUUAGAGUGCUGAGGAUAAUUGAACCAAGACAGGUUUUUUGAACAAAAGAAUUUCCAUCUUCUAAGUAUAUUGGCCAGACUAUUAUUUUGACACAAGGUUAUGAGUUUUCCUGACAAUCUAGCAAUUACUUAACAAGUGUUGGUUGUGCAUUAGUUUUAUCAAGAUAACCUGUACAAAGACGGGAAAUGCACAGACUUCAUCUGAAAGGACACUGUGAUUGCAGUUAGGAAGAGCACAGUUAAAAUGGAACUAGCCACGUAAGUGCAAGUUGUUGUGUAUAUUGUAGACAACAAAAGAAAAUAGCUCCUAAGAAUUGGAGCAUUCCAUAGAGGAAGGGACAGGUUAAGGAUCUCUAGGUGCUAACCAUCUAGUAAGAGCAUUCAUAAAUAGGUGGAAAUUAAGAGUAUCAGGUUGGAUAAGAAAUGAAACCAGUAUGUAAAGAAAUGUUGCCGUGGAAAUGGAGCACAGUGUGAUGAUCAACAAGAUGAUCAAGAGGUCUUUUAAGGGAAUCAAAAAAGGAAAGCUGUUGUGUUGUGGCAUCAGAGUAGAAUGGAAAGGAAAGUCUUAAAGUCUGAUGAAACUUUGCCUCUGGGUAAACUUGAUACAGGGAGAGAUUUGCUUUAAACAAUCUUUACGUAACUAAGCCUUUCAGUACUGUCUGAAAUUUACUUAGUGACAGGAGUUAUUGUAAGUCCCCCAGAAAAUACAAAACUAUAUUGUAGUUCUUGUCACAGCCAGCGCCACUCUGGAGGCCCAGUGUCGGGUACUCUCCUUGUAUGCAAUGGCAUAUAUAAAAGCGUCUGCCGUGGGCUACUUACCUCAGUAUUCACCUCAGGGUUUUAAAGUUAUUGUUAAAAGAUUGUCACACAUACAAAGUGAAACAAAUGGCAAGAAGGAUAGAAAAGUGUUGUAUGUUGAUAUAUGUAAAUGAAAAACAUCAUUGGUGGGAGUUUUACUUUACAUCAGUGGUAGGGAUUCUGACACAGUCGGGUCUCCUUGGGAAAUAAACAAUACUUGAUCAAAACAUUUAAAAUUUAGGCAAAUACUUCAGUAUUUCACUUUUUGUUGUAUGAAAACUAAAAUUAGCAUAGAUGGAAUGUUAAGAAUCCAUGAUAGAGUGUGAAAAAUUUAUGUUCAUCAUACUGACUCUAAUAUUCCUACCACUUGUAGACUAUAUAUGAUGCUCCUGCCACAUAAAUUAUAAUGUUUAAAGUUUUGAAAAUUGAUUAUAGGUAUACUUAAAGUAUUUCUUGUAUUUAUCAUUGUGUUUUAUAUGUAAUUCUAAUAGAUAUUGUUUGCUUCAGUUGUUUCUGUUUCCUUUUCCUGAAGUUUUCUGUGUGAGUGAUUUCAUGUAAUUAAUUGAACCAUCUACUCACAGGCAACAUGUGAAAAUAGUAUUUGUAAUUAUAGUCUAUGGCAGGAACUAUACUAAAGUGACUGGUGACACUAUGUAUUACUCUGAGAUCCAAGUAUUGCUAUAAAGAGACUGAGAAUGAAAAAAAUAAAUUAUUUUCCUAAGAUUAUAUGGGUAAUAAUAGAAUCACAAUUUAAACUUGGGACUUUGGGUGACAGUAACAGUAAGUAUUUCCAUUGCUAACAGUUCUCAAAGCAAGGUCUCUGGACAAAAGCAUCAAUAUUUCCUGAAAUUCUUGGAUGUCAUCCCAUACAUGGAGUGAGAUGAACAUGGCCACCAGCAACUGUGUCUUUCUAGGCAGCUGACUAAGGCUGAAGCUUGAGAUUUACCACUGUCAGGAGCUGUUCUCUGGUUAGAAUCACUUGGUCAACCCACAUUAAAUAAGGACUUCUGGGACUAGGACUUGGACAACAAUAAAAUAUGUUUUAUCAGGUGGCUAAAAUGUGCAGCCUCUUUUGGAAGUGUUCCUUGGCAUUUAAAGUAUCAGAUACCUGCAGAUGAGGCUCUAGCCAGAAUCAAGAACUUGGCUAAGUUCAGAGCCCAGCUCUCUAAUAAGUAGAGUAAGAAGUGGAACAUUGUUUCCCUCCUGUGUGCUCAGGACAGAUCAACCUCGGGUACAUAUGUGCAGCCAAUAAGAACCAAUCAUAGGAUAGUGAAUCUAAAAGACUCUUGGAUAAAUUUGUAUUAGAAGUGAGAAAAGUUAAUUGUGUGUGUGUGUGUGUGUGUGUGUGUGUGUGUGUGUGUGUGUGUGUGUGUGUGUGUCUAAUUUUUUUUUGUUUUGGGUGUGUCCACUACAAGGAUACAUACAAAACUAUAUUUAAAAACUCGUGUUCUGUCUUUUCUCAUUGGGCUUUCAAUAAAGACCAUUGUAGGCAUCAAGAUUGGAAUGGGAGAGUAUAUUGAACAAUCCAAGAAACCCAAUCACGUGUUGUUUUAAUUUCAGUAGUUUAAAAUAAAUAUAGGUUGUUUGUGAUAUUUUUGUUUUUAUUGUGCAAAUAAGCAAUUAAAAUACAUUUAGAGGCCAAGCAUGGUGGUACAUCUUUAAUCCCAGCAUUUAGGAGGCAGAGGCAGAUCAGACAGAUCCCUGUGAGUUGAAAGUCAGCUGUGUGUGUGUGUGUGUGUGUGUGUGUGUGUGUGGUCAAUAAUGAUUUUUUCUACCCACUUUUAGUGGAAAAUAUCUUUGAUUAAGAUUUUUUUCUUCAUUCAGCAGAUAACUAUCAACACCAGUACAGAAAUACAAUGAUAAAAUAGUCACUAAACUCAAGUAGCCCAGCAUCUGAGAGUAGGUGGGCUUGAUGUUAAUAUAACUUUCUAAUAUCACUGAGAAGUACACAUUUUGAGUUCGUAAGCUCUCUACCUCUCACAAUAGUUUAAGAGUUGACUGUCAACCCAGGCUAAGCCUUUUUUGCUGUUCCUUUUAACUGCAAAUCUUUUUUUUUUUUUAAGAAUAGCUCUCACAGCCUGCAGUGCAGUUAUGAUUAAGGGGUGGGGGGAGUAGAUACAGUAUUUUAAAGAAUUGUGCCCAGUGGGAACCAGAUUUUGAACUGCCAUUGACUCUUAUGUUGGUAUCAGUAGAUACAAAGCACAUGACUGUUUACCUGAUGCACUUGAUAUUAUAAAAAUUUACAGAAGAAAGCAAUAUUGGUAUAAGGAAUCUAGCUCCAGUAAACACUAAUGCCUGUGACUAUACAGUUCCUCACUGUUAUGUUCCAUUGUAACAGGAGAAAGGGAAGGGAAGAGGACCGAUGUAAGUUUUCAAAUGCAAUAUCGUUAUUAAUCAGCAGAUUGAUUUACAAAACAACUGUGUAAAUAUAUUGACUAGUCACAGAAAAAUGGGAUGAUCCUUUUCAUAGUUGGUAGAUUUGCAAAUGAAGACACAGAUGAAAUUCUGUUUUUGUUUUACUUCUGUGUCUCCAAUGCUAAUUUGAAUGAAUUUGUUACUUCUGGAUACUUGUACACCUUCCAGGCCAUUCAGUUCUUGGAACAUUAUUUUCCUUAAAUGCCUUAUGUUGUUUUCUUUCUGCUAUGAUUCUUAUGUUCCCCCUUGCAUCCCUGAAUGUAAACAGCAGCUGUUUCACAGGUUAGAUGCCUGACAACUACUUGGAAAACAAGUAGACAUGAAAUCACACUAAGUAGGAAGUAUCACCACAAAUCCAGUAUUGAUGCUGAUUUCAGUCUCUCUGUUUGAUACCAGUGCAUCCAGAUAUGCCUAUUGAACUAUGAUAUUCAAUAAAGACCUGCUGAACUUAUUUGAA